CAAUUCAGUCAGUGCGUACAGAGCGGCUUGUUAGUGGUGGUCUUCUACGUUUAUACUUCUGUAGUUCACUCAACUAAGCAUUUAUAAUUCGUUUUUUUGUACUUUUUUUUGUUGAAAAACUCAGAUUUAUCGUCUUAAUGUAAAGAUAUUGGCAAAUCUUUGAUAAACGAACGGACGUUUUGCGCGUGCAUUUUGCCCUGAUUUUAUGCAGGUCCUUGGGAUUGACACAUCGUAAAAAGUUAUGGACAACACUGGACUGAAAAGAUAGGCUACAUAUACAAAUUAUGUGACAUUUUAUUUUCAAAAUCCUUGAAACAGUAUGGGUUUCUUGUGUCUUUAGAAAGUGACCACAUGUGUCCCACAGUUGACAGUGUGAUGUUGUAAAUCUUUGGAGGUCGCUUGUGGAUGGAUACAAUGAAGCAAACGGGCGCAGCCUCGGAGAUGCUGCCUUCCAAUGACUGCUCACAGAUGCGGGAUAUCAGGAGGGAAUGUGAUGCUCGUUCCCGAGAACGGGUGGAAGGUGAAAUGGAUCGUCUGCGUAUUCGGGAAAGACUUGAAGCAACGUUUGCGGGUCUGGGGGAGCUGGAAUACUUGAGACAGAGGCAGGAAUUACUGGUCAGAAAUGUGCUCAAUCACCCUGAGGACGCGAUUCCAAUUGGAGAUAAAGCCUGUGUUACGCGCGAGGAGAAUUACUUGAACUCUGAGGAGAAACUUCUCGAGGAAAAUAUUUUAUUGCUGCGAAAACAACUGAACUGCCUAAGGAGACGUGACGCCGGCCUGAUCACUCAGCUGCAGGAGCUGGACAGGCAGAUCAGCGACCUCCGACUGGACACCGAGGUGUCACAUGACCCGGGGGAAACAGACAGCCGGCCAAGCUCAGGUUUUUACGAGCUGAGCGACGGUGCUUCUGGCUCUCUCUCCAACUCUUCAAACUCGGUCUUCAGUGAGUGUUUAUCCAGCUGUCGCUCCAGCACCUGCCUCUGCAGUCCUCUCGACACCUCCCUCUGCUCCUCCGACGGCAGGCUACGCUCCGCAGAUGAGCUGGGCAGCUGUGCAGAGUGCGAAGGUCCCUGUGACGAGCAGUCUUCCGGAACAGUCCGGCGCUCCCUCUCCGCCCCCUACCCCCCCUCCCUAGAUGGUAGCUCGGACGGACCAUCCAAGUACCACUGUGACCUGGUGGCGAGGAACGGCAGCGACAUCUACCGCUACCCGAGCCCGCUCCACGCCGUGGCAGUCCAGAGCCCCAUGUUUAUCAGCUCUCUAGCACCCCCUGGGAGAGAAGAUGGUGGGCAGGGGAGGGGAGGGGGAGGAGGAGGAGUAGGAGGUGGAGGUGGAGGAGUAGAGAGUGAGACCUCCGUAGAUGCCCAGAAGGCAGAUAGGGAGAAUGUUCUGGUACCUCAGAGCACCUCCUGGCCUGCCUCCCAGCACACGCCGUCCCACAGGCGUCUGGACAGCUACAUCUACAGCCUGCUGCAGAGGAGAGCCCUGCCCCUCCGCACCUCCAGGCCCAGGACCAGCAUCAGCACUGACCCCUCCAAGAGCAUUCUCCGGCAGGCCAGCCUGUGUGUGAGGCAGGGCGGUGCGGGCCAGGCCAGCGCAGGGCAGUUACAGGGGCAGGUGCUCGGGAACGGGACUCUGAGGACUUCUGAGGUGAAGCACAGCUGGCCGCCGUGUUUGCAGACGGGGACAGCGGGGACCACAGACCCCCCCUCGGCCUCCCCUCAGAGACAGUGGUCGGGAGAGGGCGUGGGGCUGACUGUCCAGCAGGAGAGUGCCCUGUCUCAGUCACACACUCAGAACGGAUACACAGUCCCUAGCAACCAGCCUCAGACUGGAUACACAGUCCCUAGCAACCAGCCUCAGACUGGAUACACAGUCCCUAGCAACCAGCCUCAGACUGGAUACACAGUCCCCAACAGUGAAAUUCACACUGUCCCUAACACCAACAUCCUGCUGAAGAAGAAGAACUCCUUUUCUGCUAACAAAGGACCUUCGUCAGCGACGAUGUUAGCCCCUCCUCUCCCGCCUAAGGAUUACCCGGACCUGGGCAGUCCCAAGGCUAACUCCUCUCCUAAGGAAGGCAAACUACAGUACCACCCUGGAUCAGUGGAGAACACUCUGACCAGGACCGCCCAGACAGCCACGCCCAAGAACAGCCCCAAGCCCCUCCCCCCUGGACAGAGUGGGAAAGACGAUAGGCCAUCUCUGGAGCUGGUCAGCUUAGGCUCCUCCUCCCAGAGCCAGGAUGAGGGAAGUCACAUGGUCAGCGCCCAGUACAUUCCCGCCCAGCGACAAGCCAUCAAGCUCCGCAAGGGAGGUGGGAAGAACAUCAAGGUCGUCAAGGUGAAGAACGCCGCUCUGAAACCUCGGGUGAUGAUAUCUGCAGGGCAGGGUGAGCCGGAAACCUUAACAACCAAGGAGAAGCAGCAGCCUCGGUCUGGGAACAGGAAGUCCCGCCUCCCAGAGGAUGUAUCCUCCCACGUCCACAAAAUCUCCAAGCGAGGGGCAUCGUCCCGAGCCAAGCGCAUCCCCGCCUCAAUCCCAGAAGGCCGAGUUCUGGAGAAGCACGUGAGCACUGUGGUCUCCACAGGCCGGUCACACGCGGCUGUAUCCAGGCACCACGGUCACCAUGGACACCAUCACCACGGUCACCGUGAGGCAGUGGUUGCCAAGCCCAAGUACAAGCGUAGUGACUACCGUCGCCUGAGAGCCAUCACAGAGGCUCCCUACGAGGAGGCCUUGAGGCGGGCGCAACGCAGGCAGAGGAGGGAUCUGAUUGGCCAUGUGUCCACUGCCACCACCACCAUGUACCUCCCCUCUAACCUCCAGUUCACAAGCCCCUAUGCCUAUGUGGGCAGCGACUCUGAGUACUCCGCCGAGUGUGCCUCGCUCUUCCAUUCCACCGUCAUGGACACCAGCGAGGACGAGCGUUCCAACUACACCACCAACUGCUUCGGAGACAGCGAGUCCAGCGUGAGCGAGGUGGAGCUGGCGGGGGAGAGCAGCAGCUCCAGCGAUUCAGAGGAGAGCGGAGGAGCGCUCAACUGGCCCCAGUUCGGCCAGGCAGCGGCCGGGUCGGGACCCCAUGACAUGACCCCCGCCCAGGCCAAGGCCUUCGUCAAGAUCAAGGCCUCCCACAACCUGAAGAAGAAGAUCCUGAGGUUUAGGUCUGGGAGUCUGAAACUCAUGACCACCGUUUAAGGAGGUCAGGGUUUCAAACUGAUGACCACCAUUCAGACUUUUUGCUUAACCAAUCAAAUUGGCUGUCCUGUUUGCUCAACAAGUGCCUAGGCUGAGUUAAGGGUUGUGUUUAUUAGAAAAAGAGAGUAAACUUCUUUUCAUUCAACACUAUCAGGGUCUCCGCAAAGAUGGCUGACCGACUUAGAUGAACUUUAAACUUGGGAAGGGUGGAUUGCCGUUUCUUUGGCGCCCGAAUUUGAGGGAAAUCGGCGAUCCUUUCUCUCCCUGCACUUUCCCUCAGAUGGAGGUCAGGAAGGAGCCCUGGUCUGCCACACUGUUGGUUUAUGUAGCCUUCUUUUGUAUUUAUUACCAUGGACUUAAACCCUAGCUGUUGAGCACCCACCUAAACACAUUCAACAUUUAAAUGCUUUGGAAAGGUACCUGCUUUAAUUUGGUUGUUUUUGGAUUAAAGAUAUUUAAAACGUAAUAUAUUUGUUUGGUACCUCUUGGAUAUCUAUGUGUGGUACUAUUCAACUGACGACUGAAGCAAAGUUUGACUUCUGUAUGAGAUUGUAGUUAGUCUUAGUCCACAGGGUGAACAGAGAUGUUAUGGAAAACUUCACUGCUGAUGAUAACAUGGCACUGUGAUAUUUGAAAUCAAAAACAGACCAUAAUAUGAAUGAACCAACUUCUGUUGUCACUAUCAACUUUAACUGUACAUGUUCUAUGGUUGUAUAUACUGUAUAAUGUCUCUAUGUUCAUAAUGGUGCUUAACCCUUUUUAUGCUUUAUUAAAUGUCUGCUUUAAAAUCA